UAAAAAAAGUGAAAACUGCUGCUGCUGCUGUGUGUGUGUUGGCCAUUCGUAUCUGUUGUGUUCGUUUUUUUUUUCGUUGACUCAAUACAAAAACGCGCUGAGCCAUUGUCGAUGGACGGUUCAUUGUCAACCUAAAAUCAUUUGUUUAAUAUUGAUUUCAAUCAAAAUUUUCUGAUUGUUGAAUUCAUUCCUUUUCUCUACGGAAACAUAAAAAUCUAAAUGGAUACUAAUAUUACUAAAGAAGAGAAUAAUAAUACAGAAGAAUUGGUUACAGAUGUAAAAGAUCAAAAUUUUAUGGCCGAAAUGGUUGAAGUUCGUGUUAAAAUGUACAUGUGUCGUAUAUGUGGUAUACGUUAUGAUAAUAUGGAAUCAAUGAAACAACAUUAUAAUGAAGACCAUCAAACAUCAAGUGUUGAAGAUGAUCCAAUGAAUGAAAAAAUUACAUCGAUUAAAGAAGAAAUAAUGGAAGAUGAUGAAGAAACAAUUGAUGAUAGUGAAACAACACAUACAAAUUAUGUUAUUAUUGGUGAAGAUGGUCAACCAAUCGAUUUACCAAUGGAUAGUAUACAAGUUUUACAAAUUGGUGAUGGUAGUGAAAAUGGUGGACAAAUAGUAUUUCGUGUUAUUGAUCAAGAUGAUGAACAUGUUAAUGAUGGUAAUGGUAAUGAUGAAGGUGGUGAUAAUUUGGAAGAACAACAAGUUAAUGAAAUGGCUAUUAUUAGCGAAGAAACGGCUAUUGUUCCAGUCGAAAUGGCUUCAAUUGGUGAAGUUAUUGAUCGCCGCCGUACAAGACAAAAUGAUGAUGAUAAUAAUCAUCAAUUAGAUGAUCAUGAUGAUCAAUCAUCAACAACAAUACCAAUAACACCAUCUAAACGUGGUCGUAAACGUAAAAAUCAAUUAGAAUCACCAUCAAAUACCUCAUCGACAACAACAUUAGCAACAACAAGAUCUAAACGUAUGGUUGUACCAAACAUUAAAUCAGAAUUUGUUUAUGAAGGUUUAUCACAAUCAAUUGAAACACCAAUACAAACAUCAAAACAAUCUAGACAAUCAGAUCAAUCAUAUACAUUUAUACGUGAAGGUGGUGUUAUAACUGCAUUUCAAGUUUCAAAUGAAUUAGAAACAUCAACAAUAACAAAAACUAAUGAUGAUGAUGAUAAUGAUAAUGGUACAGAAGAAGCGACAACGACAAAUGAUGAUAAUGGUGGUGGUGGUGGUGUUUCUUGUUCUACAAGAAAACCACAUCGUCGUAAUAUUAUCGAUAAUGAUGAUGAUGAUGAAGAUUAUCCAGCUGAUUAUACACCAACAUCUAAAGUUAAAAAAGGUCGUCAAGUUGAACCAAAAGAAGAGGAUAGCCAUUUAAGAAGAUUUCCAUGUCCAUUUCAAGGUUGUAAAUAUAUUGCAAAAUAUCGUUCAAAUUUAUGGGAUCAUAAAAAAACACAUACCGGAGAAAAACCAUAUGCUUGUAAUUGGCCAUCAUGUUCAAUGCGUUUUUCACAAACACAUCAAUUAAAAUUACAUUUACGUUCGCAUACAGGUGAACGUCCAUAUGUUUGCGAUUGGCCUGGUUGUAAUUCUGCAUUCAGCCAAAAACCGGGAUUAAAAUCACACAUGUUAACACAUACGGGUGAAAAACCCUUCAAAUGUGAUUUUCCUGGAUGUGGUUGGACAUUCCGUUUGAAAGGUGCAUUAACCGAUCAUAAACGAGCAAUACAUGAAAAUGCUAAAAAACAUGUUUGUGAAUGGCCUGGUUGUAAUAAACGUUUUCUUCAACAAUGUCAUCUAAAAAAACAUAUUAUGGGACAUGCCGAUAUUAAACCAUUCGCUUGUGAUUGGCCUAGUUGUAAUUAUAAAGCUGUUACAAUGGCAUAUGUUACAAAUCAUCGUAAAACACAUACCGGAGAAAAGAAUUAUGAAUGUACAUAUCCUAAUUGUAAUAAAAGAUUUGUUAAAUCAAGUCAUGUUAAUCGUCAUCGACAACGUUGUCAUCCAGAAUUAUUCAUUAUCGAUAUGGAACAAGGUGAAUUUAUUGAUGAUGAUGAUGAUGAUGGUGAUGAUUAUGUUGAAGAUGAAGAUAAUAAUGAUGCAAAUGUUGAUACUGCUAAACAAAUGGCUAAUCAAAAUGGCGAUAAUAAUACUACGGGUACAGAAGAAGAAGAAUCGGCCACAACAACAACUAUUUUCAUUCAACAACAAGAUAAUGAUGGUAAUGAUAAUGACCCGAAAACAACAACAACAACAAAUGAAAAUAUUCAAAUUAUUAAUGGUGAUAAUGUUGAAAAUUCACAUUUUAUUCUAACUACAACAGAAGAUUCUGAUGUUGACCAACAACAACAACAACAACAAUUAAUAAUGGAAAUGAAAAAAGAACAUUUAGAUAAUAAUGAUGAACAGAUUCAAAUGGAAAAACAAAAACAAACUGAACAACAACAACCAAAAGAAUCUUCAGCCAAGGAAACGGUAACAAUAAAUCCGAAAAAUUCGCCGGCAACAAAAACAAAAACAUCGACGGCAGCAGCAACAGCAGCUACACCUACCCGAAUGACAACCAGAAGUCGAGGUUCGGCUAAAACAACAACAUCGUGAAGCGGAAAUAGUUUUUUGCUACUGAUGAUUUGAAUGUGAGCCAUGAGAGUGAGAUUGAGUGAAAACAAAACAACAACAAAAAAUUUAUUAAAAUUCGAUCGAUAUAUCGAUUGUUAUCGUUUAUUGUUUAUUGGUUUGUAUUUUUUUUAAAUUCCCCCAACGCUAUCAGUUAUUUUGAUAUUUUUUGUUCACCCGGAUUUCCCUUUAAAUAUUGUAUUCAUUCAUUCAGAAGAAGAAGAAAAAACAUUCAAUUCUUAUUCAACAAUCAACUCUAACAUUAACUACUAAACAGACAUCACUU